CCCGCGCGCGAUGGACCCCAAAGCGGGCGGCGGCGAGGAGGAUGACUGCGUGGACUCGGGCGCCGAGACCGGAGGGUCUGACUACAGCCAUAUGUCCUCCGCCAGCAGUGACCUGUCCGUGGAGGAGGCGCAGGACCCGUUCCUGGUUAGCAUCCACGUGAUCGCAGACCCCGGAGACUCGCAGCGCCUGCAGGAGGCCAUCGACAGGGUGCUGGCGUGGAUCCACCCGGACCUGCAGCUCUUCCGCGUCUCGGAAAGGCGGGUGGCGCGCCGGCGGAAGAAGGGGCCCCGGGCGGCGCAGCCCGCGCUGGCGGUGGUGCUGUUCCUGCAGGAGCAGUACGGCGAGGAGCAGAUCCUGCAGCUGCACCGCGCGUUGCAGCGGCCGCCCUGGCACUUCCACCACGCCGAGCGCGUGCAGGGCCGCUUCCUGCCCUACCUGCCCUGCAGCCAGGACUUCUUCACGCUGGCCCCCGGCACCCCGCUCUGGGCCAUCCGGCCGGUGCACUACGGCAAGGAGAUCGUGCGCUUCACCAUCUACUGUCGCCACGACAGCUACGCGGACACCCUCAAGUUCUACGAGCUGAUCCUCAAGCGGAGCCCCAGCCAGAGGAAGGCGGACUUCUGCAUCUUCCCCAUCUUCUCCAGCCUGGAUGUGGACGUCCAGUUCUCCCUCAAGAGGCUGCCCCGCGACCAGACCCCGGUCCCCACCGACUCGGCCGUGCUGGAGUUCCGCGUCAAGGACAUCGGGGAGCUGGUGCCGCUGCUGCCCAACCCCUGCAGCCCUAUCAGUGAGGGCCGCUGGCAGACGGAGGACCACGACGGGAACAAGAUCCUUCUGCAGGCACAGAAGGUACACAGGAGGUUCUCCAGGCCCAGCAGAGUGCACCACUCCUCCGAGAAGCGGCCUCCCUCCAUCCCCUCCCCGAGUGGCACAGCACCGAACCAGGCCCCCCGCCGCAGCCCUCAGCCCCUGCCAGACACCUCAUACCCAGAGCUCGGCCCCGUGGGCCUGCCUAACGGGGACCAGCGGGAAUUUGCCAGCCCUCCCACCCACCCCUGCUCUUUCCCAAGAAGCAAGUCCUUGUUUUGUCUGCCCACAGGAGGCCCCUCCCUAGCCUCCUUGGCCAGAUCACCACCGUGGUCCUCAGGCACAGACCCCCCAGGACACCGGGCUACAGUGUGGAGGCAGGGCCAGCUCCUUUCCAUUGACGACUUAGAGGGGGCCCAGGAGACUGAUGUGGACACGGGCCUGAGGCUGUCCUCCUCUGACCUGUCCGUGGUCUCAGCCUACUCUGCUCCCAGUAGGUUCUGCAGCAGUGUGGAGACAGGCCUCCCCGCGGUCUCAGAUGCCAGCCACUGGCCACCACACAAGGACUCCAGGGACGGGCCACUGCCUGCUGGGAGCACGCCAGCCCUGGGACCCAACCCAGCUUCCUUCGCCAAAGGAUCUCCCAGCUCCUCAGCAACAUCUGUCGCUGUGUCCUCGGCCACCAGCGUCUCCUCACUCACAGAGUCAUCCCAGGGACCCCCUAGUGACCACCACAGAGUCCAGCCAACCAGCAGAGAUACCUCCCAGACAGGCCCUGGGGACAGCGAGAUGGAGGAAUUCUACAUCUGA